UAUGAAAUCAUAGCUAUUUUUUGGAGUGUGUUCGAAAACUCGUGAAGGAUAGGUAUUCCUGCUUCCACCAACGCUUACAAUUAGAGAAAAUUGAAGAGGAUAAUUUAUCUUUUUCGAAUUAAACUUCGCGGUUCUAACACCGCAGCUAGUAGCUGGCAUUUGCAGUAACGGUACUAGCAAGGAGAAUCUGGAAGACGAAACAAAAGCUUAAAAAUGCUUGCAUACUGGACUUUGAACCUGUAACUAUUAUAACCACGAGUAUUAAAGCAGCGAUUGAACUAAGAAGCGUAGUUCAAGUUUAGCAACCACUUGAAACCUUGGAUUACUUGAAGGCAUUAAAAAAAAUCUCCAGUCAACGUUCGAAGUAAUCAGAAAGAGGUAAAAUGGCGACCGAAAGUACGACAACUGGUAGCACGAUGCUUUACUCCCGGGCAGAAGUGACCAAACAUAAUCAUAGCAAGGAUACCUGGAUUAUAAUUCAUAACAAAGUUUAUAACAUCACUCACUUUUUGAAUGAGCACCCUGGUGGUGAAGAAGUCCUUUUGGAACAAGCUGGAAUUGACGGAUCGGAAGCUUUUGAAGAUGUCGGACACUCAAGUGAUGCCAGACAAAUGAUGGAACCAUAUAAGAUUGGGGAACUCAUCGAGGCCGAUAGAUCAAAAUCAGAGGAGAGAAAAACUAAGGAAUUUUCCAAUGGGGAUGACGAAAAUAGUGGCUCCUGGAGAUCAUGGCUCAUUCCUGUAGCUCUUGGGCUGUUGGCGACUCUCUUAUAUCGCUAUUUCAUAAAUCCGUACUAAAGACGACCAUUCCUGUGCUCUUUUGUAUUCUGUAAUUGUUGGUAGACCCGAGAAAUUAUUGUUAUGUAAGUGAUCCGCUUGGCCGUCGGUAUAUUCUGUGGUGUUGGAAUUGUUUUAUUUGUAAAGAAGAAAACUGGCGUUUUCAAAAAUGCUAUUGGAUUUGUACAAAUAAAUUGUAAUCUUAUUUUUUAUAGAACUAUUUCUGAUUGGAAAAAAAAAGAAAUUGAAUAUGUCGACACAUAUGCGAUGGAUCUUAUCAUAUUUAGCCGAAUUAUUAUGUUGAACCUUUUUUUAUUGUUUCAAUUAUUUCUAGCUGUAAAAAGUAUGGUGGACGCAACAAAACGCAUUGUGUAUGUGUGGUAUAAAAAUGCUACUGAUGUAUGUAUAUAUAUGUAUAUCUAUUUUACAUAUAGGAAGUAGGUAAUGAGUGAGUUCUGGUUAAAAAUCAUGUGAGCUGUCUAUGGAAAGUGUUCAUUUAUUGAAAAAUAAUACAUAUUGUACUAUCAUUGUCAGUCUACGUAUAGGUAUAUUCCUUACGUGCAUACGCUAAUGAAAUUUUAUGAAAUAAAUAUUAAUGGAAAUGUUU